GGGGAGGUAGGUCGGCAGAGAGGGGGAGACGAGAGAGUGGUUAGAAAGUUUAGAGGCGAAGAGAAGGGUUGAGUGCUGAAGUACAGUGAGGGAGCGACUGAGGCCAGAGGACGGGCAGAGUGUGCAGAGUAAGAAGUAGAGAGAGAGGAAGAAGUGUGUGUGUCAGUAACGGUGGGGAAGUGUCCCAAGGAGCCUGAGUGACAAGAGGUGUGUGAGCGUGACAGUGUUUGUCCCCCGGCUCCUCUCUUUCUCUCUCACUUUCUCUCUGUGCUCCUUGGGGGGACUGCCAUGUCCUCGAUACUUCCCUUCACUCCCCCCAUUGUCAAGAGGCUGCUGGGAUGGAAGAAGGGAGAGCAGAACGGACAAGAGGAGAAAUGGUGCGAGAAGGCAGUGAAAAGUCUGGUGAAGAAGCUGAAGAAGAGCGGCCAGCUGGACGAGCUGGAGAAGGCACUGACCACCCAGAGCAUCAGCACCAAGUGCAUCACCAUCCCCAGGUCUCUGGAUGGGAGACUCCAGGUGUCCCAUCGUAAGGGGUUGCCUCAUGUCAUAUACUGCCGCCUCUGGAGGUGGCCAGAUCUGCACAGUCACCACGAGCUUCGAGCCAUGGAGGUGUGUGAAUAUGCCUUCAGCAUGAAGAAGGACGAAGUGUGUGUGAAUCCUUAUCACUACCAGAGAGUGGAGACUCCAGUUCUACCUCCUGUGCUGGUUCCACGAAACACCGAAAUUCCAGCAGAAUUCCCUUCACUUGAUGAUUACAGCCAUUCCAUUCCGGAAAAUACCAAUUUCCCAGCAGGCAUCGAGCCACAGAUAAACUACAUUCCAGAAACGCCUCCUCCUGGUUACUUGAGCGAAGAUGGGGAAACAAGCGACCAAAUGAAUCACAGUAUAGAUACAGGGUCUCCAAAUCUGUCACCAAACUCUAUGUCUCCUGCUCAUAGCAACAUGGACCUGCAGCCUGUCACAUACUGCGAGCCGGCCUUUUGGUGCUCCAUCUCCUAUUAUGAGCUUAACCAACGCGUAGGGGAGACGUUCCACGCUUCCCAGCCCUCCAUGACAGUGGAUGGAUUCACCGAUCCUUCCAACUCUGAACGUUUCUGCCUGGGGCUGUUGUCCAACGUAAAUCGGAAUGCAGCUGUGGAGCUGACACGGAGACACAUCGGGAGAGGCGUGCGGCUGUAUUACAUUGGAGGGGAAGUGUUUGCCGAGUGCCUCAGUGACAAUGCCAUAUUUGUACAGUCCCCAAAUUGUAACCAGCGCUAUGGUUGGCAUCCUGCCACAGUCUGCAAGAUUCCACCAGGCUGUAACCUGAAGAUAUUUAAUAACCAGGAGUUUGCUGCUCUUUUGGCUCAGUCAGUAAACCAGGGCUUUGAGGCUGUGUAUCAGCUUACGAGAAUGUGCACCAUACGUAUGAGUUUCGUCAAAGGCUGGGGAGCCGAAUACAGGCGACAGACUGUGACUAGCACCCCCUGCUGGAUCGAGCUGCACUUGAACGGGCCCUUGCAAUGGUUGGAUAAGGUUCUCACUCAGAUGGGGUCUCCAAGUAUCCGCUGCUCCAGUGUUUCUUAAAGAGAAGCAGCUUGGUGACAGGUUAUAUCAUUCUGUGGGCCAAGCGAGCAAAGAGACUAAGCUUUAGGUGAAAAUGAGUCAAUUGCUUCUUAGUCCAUUCUUAACAUGCUUAGACAAGAGACGGCAAACUGAAGCCAAGCAACUGAAAGCCACAGUCUGGUUAGUUUCAGUAGACAUCUCAUUGGCCCAGUGCAAGGACUCUUGAGCUAGAACUUACCAGCAUUCUGAAAUCCAGCAUGGUGGAGCAAUAAAAGCCGGCUCUUACUGCACACCUUUAUCCAGGAAAAGCCAACUGCUGCUGCCCACGUACACCUUGAUUCCAGACACAUGACUUACAGCCGCUGGACCUGGCCUGCAUUAAAAAAAAAC